AUGGCAGACAAUCCCACCGACAGCGGUGGCCCCGCCGCUGCCGCUGACACCAAUUCCUCCAACAGCCCCAAGACCCUCUCCGUCGCCGAACAACUCGAACAGCUCAACGCAGCACGCAAGCUGGUCCUCGAGCAGCCAGCCUACUACGAUCGCAUCGUCAAGGGCGUGCUGCCCAUUAUCGGGCCCAACGCUGCCCUCCCACUCCGCCGCUGGGGUGCCGAGUUCCUCGCCGAGUCUCUCGCCACUCCCGUCCUGAGCACCCGUGACAAGGAGAAUCUUGUCAUUGCUGUGCUGGAUACUUUGCGCAGUUUGCUAGAGGGCGUGGGCGAGGAUCUGAUCGUGUUGAAGGCUUGUGUUGGGGCUGCGGCCAGCGCGUAUCCUGUUACGCUGAGGUGGAUCAUUCACAACUCCUACUAUGCUGAGCCGUGGGAGCAGAUGACUGCCAUCAAGUCUAGAAUCCUCAACAUCUGGGAUAGUGCCCCGGCUCCUAUCAAGAUCAGCUGCAUCAAGUUUGCUCAGCGAGUUGUCCUGGCCCAGACUGCUUCUAAUGGCAUGGAGCAGAAGUACAAUGGCUUGGACGUCUCACUCAACAUGAUCCCACCCAACCACAAUCUCCUGGAUCCUAGACAUCUUGAGGCAGAGGCUACUGGCCUGCUGGACCGAAUGCUGGGUGUCUUGCAGGAUAACAGCAGCAAUGCUCUGAUGGUUGACGCUACGCUCAACUGUCUGUCCAUCUUGAUCCGGACUCGGCCUAGUACCUCCAACCGCAUCAUCAAUGCCAUUCUCAACUUCAACCCCCUGAAGUUGGCUACCAUGUCACCUAUGACCCCUACCACCAGGAUGCACGUGAAGUCCAUGGAGAAGACUACUCGGAUGUUCCUCACUCAUCUCAUUAAGCGCGAUCCCGCCAACCCCUUCAAUGGCCGGAUUCAGCAGUACCUCGAGCGCCUUAUGCGCGCAAAGGCCGAGCUCCUCGAUGACGCACGCAAGCGUGCUCUGUCCGAACAGGGCUAUCCAAUGGAUGCAAAGCGUCAAAAAGUGGAGGGCGCGGUACCCUUUGUGGUCCCUCCCUUGGGACCUGGCCCGCACAGCUUGGCCUCCGUCUUCACCCUCACCAACAAUGCCGGGUUGCAAGCCUUUGAUGCGACCCUCAUCCCCGCCCCUCUUGCCGCCAAGAUCAGCAUCAGGGCUUUGGCGACUAUCUCCCCCGCAGUCAUCGACGCCGCCAUCAAUGGGGUCCGGGACCGGCUGGCUGCUCUCUAUGCAGCCGGCGCGUCUGAUGCUGCUGCUGCCACCGCGGCAGUUGCUCCCUCUGUUCUCAACCCCGCCACGGCUCCUCUGGGUGUCGAUGACGACGACGAUGACUACGAGCCAGACCUCACCCCAGCUGAGGAUACCGAACAGAUCCUCAACAAGCUCGACAACGCCCCGCCUGAGGUCCCUCUCGAGGAAGAAAACCAUGAAGACAGCGCCGCCCUAGCCCUGGGCCCCUUCAAACUUCCCUCUCCCCCCGCCACCGACGCCGACUCCGCCUCCAAGGCCGUCCCGAGCUUGGCUACCCGCCUCUUCGAGCUGCUUCCCCAUCUCAAGGAAUCCGCGGGCCGCAAGAAGGCUGGUUUUAAUCGUCUUGCUGGCAGCCAGGACGACCGCGACUGGUUCGCGACGGUUAUCAUCCGUCUCGCGACGCGCGGCACCUCGAAUCUCAGCGGCCUAUUCCCGUCGGAGAGGGCGCUCAUCAAGCAGGAGGAUGGUACCGUUCGUCCCGGGCUGGGUGAUGCUAUCCGAGAGAUUUUGUACAACCAUGUGUUCGAGGACUGGAGGAGGAAUAUUGAUACCGCAAUUGCGUGGUUGACGGAGGAGUGGUACUGUGAUCAGGUUGCGAAGGCCACUGCCGCCGGGAAUGGGGCCUCAUUGCAAAUGCAUUAUGAAAAGUGGGCGCUGCGCGUGAUGGAUGGUUUUAUUAAUUACAUUACGGCGCAGGAUAAGCUGCUGACAAGGUUCCUUGCGGAGAUUCCGGAGCUGACGAGGCCGCUUUUGGGGAAGCUCAAGGUGCUCUGUGAGGAUCCGACUACCGUACAGCUGGCGCUGACGAGCUUGUUGUAUCUGGUCAUGACGAAGCCUCCAGCGAAGGAGUUGGCGUUGGAUAUGGUGGGGGAGAUUUGGACGGAGUACGAAGAUGCCCGCCCCCUGGCAGCCAAGUACCUCGUCAAAUAUCGCCCUGGCUGGAUCGAAGCCCAACUUUCUCGUUCCAACGGCAACUAA